AUGCGUUUCACCUUCGCCGCUACCGCCAUUCUGUUCGGCGCCGCCCUGGCCGCCCCGGCUCCCCAAGCUGAAGCGCCCGAGAUCCAUGAGACGGUCAGCAUCAAGGACUUCUACGCCCGCAAGUCCCACCUCGUUAACGGCACCCUCGACGGCCCCGUCGACUCGGUAACCUUCAAGAUCAUCGCCAGCCGCGAGGAAGGCACCAUCGGCGUCACCUGUACAGCCAUCGCCGCCGAGGGCGAGGACUCGAUCAAGUUUAAGCCCGAAAGCUACAACUGUGACGGCGUCAAGGACACCUGGGACCAGUACCGCUUUGAGGUUGCCGAGAUCUCUGAGCAAAACGUGUACACGAUCAUGGUCAUCCACCAAACUGCCCCUGCCUUCGGCUUCUGGGGCAACGCCGAUGUCCCGACUUACUGCCGUGCCGGUGGCAACAGCUCGAUGAUCUGCGGGCAGGUCGCCGAGGUCACCGCUGAUCUCCAUCUCUAG